AGAUGAGUCUGGUAAGAAGACAUUUCACAAAUCCUUUGACGAAAAAGGACCUAAAUUACUAUUGGCAGCGUUAAAAAUACGAGAGAUUCUUGGAGGAUCAAUCCGUAUUAUUGGACUUCUUUGGUAA